CGACAUAGAAAUCUGUUUACCGAUUACUCGAGUUUUUAAGGUAUAUUUUAAGUAUGUCAUCAGUUUCUGCAGAGCCUUUUGGAGCUCUUUAUGAGGCAUUGAAAACACUGUAUUCAAAUUCGUCACGAAAUGAGAAAGAAAGAGCAAAUAAUUAUCUUGAGGAAUUUCAAAAAAGUAGAGAUGCAUGGGCAACUACACAUUUGGUUUUACGAGAUAAUGAAGCAUCAAUUGAAGCAAAGCUUUUUGCUGCUCAAACAUUGAGAAAUAAGAUUAAUUAUGAUAUCCAUCAGCUUCCGAAUGAGAGUUUAUCAUCAUUAAAAGAUUCACUUUUUCAGCUUAUACUUUUAUAUUAUUCGGGGCCUAAAUCUAUUUUGACUCAAUUAUGUGUUGCUUUGGCGGGACUAGCAUUGCAAAUGUUAGAUUGGAAAGAUGUUAUUGGAGAUGUUGUUUCUGUUUUUGGGAAAGAUAAUAGCACAUGGGGGUGUUUGUUGCAAUUUAUUUCUGUUUUACCAGAAGAAGUUGAUAAUAAAAAAUGCUUACUUUCUGAAGAAGAGUUAAACUGUCGUUCUAAAGAGCUUUUGACGGAUAAUUUAGAUAAGGUUCUUGAGCUUUUGUUGCUAUAUGUACAAAAUGUUCACGUUAAUACUUCUAUUAAUCCUUUGGUUUUUGAUUGUAUGAAUUCAUGGCUAAAAGAAAUGCCUCUUGGUAGUUUUGUUAUGACACCAUUGCUUGAUUUUAUAUUUGCUUCUCUUUCUUUGGAUAAUAUGUUUGAAUCAGUUAUUGACCUGUUGUGUUCUAUUUUUCGAGAAACGUCAGAUGUUGAUGAGUCUUUGAAUAUGAUUGAGGAGUUGUAUUCUCGUCUUCGGAAGCUAAGACCUAGAAUAAUUGAAAGUAAAAACGAUUUGGAUACUUUUAGGGGUUAUGCUCGAUUGUUUUGUGAAGCAGGAGAGACGUGGGUAGUUUUGAUUGCCCGUUCCCCACAACAUUUUAGAUCUUUGGUUGAAUGUAUAGUUAUGUUUGCUGAAAUGGAUGAGGAAUUGGAAAUAGUUAAAUAUGGAUUUAAUUUUUGGUAUGAUUUAAAACAACUUCUUGUUUUAAAGGCGUAUACUGAAGCAAGGGCUAUUUUUUCUGAUAUAUAUUCUAAUUUGGUAGAUAUAAUGAUUCGGGAUUUACAUUAUCCUGAUGGUAAUGUUAACGAUUUAUUUGAUGGUGAUCGAGAAAGCGAAGAAAAAUUUCGUAGUUUUAGACAUCAAAUGGGUGAUGUUUUAAAGGAUUGUUGUUCUGUUAUAGGCGAUGAUGCUUGUUUAAAAAAAGCGAUUGAAAAGAUUAAAAAACUUUUAAAUGAUAAUGAAAAUGGUAUGUUUGUUAAAUGGCAAGAAAUAGAAGCGCCGUUGUUUAGUAUGAGAGCAAUGGCUCGAGAAGUUAAUAUAGAGAAUAAUCAUGUUGUUCCUGAAAUUAUGUCUAUUCUUACAAAAUUACCUAAUCAUGAAAAAAUAACAUAUGCUGCUACAUUACUAUUAGGGAGAUAUACAGAAUGGACUGCGAAACAUCCCGAAUAUUUAGAGCUUCAGCUAAAUUAUAUAUGUAGCGGUUUUCAAGCAUCGAAUAGAGAUAUUGUAAGUGCUGCUUCACAAGCACUUAAACACUUUUGCCAGGAUUGUGGAAAGCUUCUUGUUGAUUAUAUUACUCAAUUGCGAUUAUUUUAUCAGAAAGUGGCCCCUACUUUAGAUAUAGAAUCUCUUUUUGAAAUUACUGAGGGUGUUGCUUAUGUUAUUUCUGCACAACCUAUACAUCAAGUUUAUGAUAUUUUAAAAUUGUUUUAUGAUCCUAUUACUGAAAACAUUCUUUUAAAAAUGCAGAAAAAUGAUACUAGUACAAAAUUCUAUCAAUCUAUAGCAGAUGAAGUUGAACUUCUUACUAUAUUUGCUCAAGUUGUAUCUCCUUACGUUUCAUUAGAUCAGCAACAUCCUUGUGUACGAUUAUUUCAGGAAUUUUGGCCCUUUAUAUCUCAUUUGCUUGAUAUUUAUGGAUCAUUCCUAGUUAUUUCUGAAAGUAUAUGUAAAUUUUUUAAGACAUUACUUAAUUCUUAUCGUGAACAUAUGCUUGAGUUUCUUCCAUCUUUAGCUGAAAAAUUAGUUUCGUGUUUUGAAAAAAUGGAAUAUGGAUGUUUUUUGUGGGUUAGCGGUGCAUGUAUACGGAUAUUUUCAAAUGUAGAAACAUGUUCUGAGGAUACUCGAUCUGCAAUUUGGCAGUUUACUGAAAGACAAUGUUUGGCUAUGUUUAAUAUUUUAAAUAGAACUAAUCCUAAAGAAAUUCCUGAUGUAAUUGAUGAUUUUUUUCGGCUUCUUAUUGAUGUAUUGUUGGGGCAUUCCGUUCGUUUAAUAACUUCUUCAUUAUUGGAACUUAUUUUUCAAAUAUCUCUGGCUUCACUUUCAUUAGAAUUGCCUGAUCCUUUGAUAUCUAUUUUUCAUUUUUUAAAAGAUCUUUUUUCUUAUUGUUUUUCUUCUCCUGCGUCAACUUUUCUUGAGACACCUUUAGAACUUCAAACAAUAGUCAGAAACAUGAUACAAAAAUACAGACAACAACUAGUAACCACUAUUUUUUAUGGAUUAGCAUACUCUUUCCCUCGUGACUGUGUUUCUGAUGCCUCAGGUAUAUUACUUUGCUUAAUAGAAAUUCAUCCAGAAGAUACAAUAAAAAAUAUUGCAUUUACUUUGGACCUUUUUCCUUCCGAAACUAUAGGCUCUCAAGAAAAACUGCGUUUAAUAAAUGAUUUAACCAAUACUGCAAUACAGCUUGAUUGGAAAAAAAUAAGAAGAUUAUUGCAGGAUUGGAUAGCUUUCUAUAGAAGAAGAGUAAUUACCCCUCGUAAUAAGACAUUUAGAUUGAAAAGUUUUGAUGAUGUUGGAUUGAAUUUUAGUGUUAGGCAUUAA